AUGAGCAAUAAUAUGGAUCAAGAAUCUGAGAAUGGGAGUGUUGCUCAAACACCUAAUGCUAUGGAUAUUUCUCUCUCGAGAUCAACUUCUAAGAGAGUGGAGGAUCAGUAUGCGUCGAGUUCUAUGUUUACCGGAGGUUUUAAUCAGGUUACGCGAUCCCAAUUCAAGGAUAAGGUGAUUGAAUCUGAUUCCAGCCAUCAUCCUCAGAUGGCUGGGACUACAGGGUCAGCUUGUGAGAUGCUGGGGUGUGACGGAAAGGUCAUGAUCGACGAGAGAGGUUUGGAGAUACUUCCUUGUUACUGUGAUUUCAAAAUUUGUAGGGAUUGUUAUAAGGAUACUUUAAGAAACGGUGAACUGAUUUGUCCGGGAUGCAAGGUUGCUUACGCGGAGCAUGAGAUGGCAGAUGCGGGUUCUGCGGUCAAUCAGAAGUCAUUGCCUUGGCCAACUGGUGGCGGUGAUGUGUCGAAGAGGUUGUCGAGGAUGAAAUCGGGGAAUUCGACGAGUAGCACAACUAAUGAACUUGAUCAUGAUCCAUGGUUGUCUGAGACUAAAGGGAGCUAUGGAUAUGGAAAUGUUAUGUGGCCUAAAGAUUCUGAGAAUGGUGCUAGUUCUAGGUCUGGUUCUGAUUUGAUGGGCGGUGACCCUGAUGGUUUCAAAGAAAAGGAAUGGCGGCCUUUGACACGGAAAUUGAAUAUUUCAACUACAAUUCUGGGUCCUUAUCGGUGCAUAAUAUUUGCUCGGAUGGUGAUUUUAGUUCUCUUCCUAAGGUGGAGGGUAAUAAACCCGAACGAAGAUGCAAUCUGGCUGUGGGGAAUGUCUUUAGUAUGUGAAAUCUGGUUUGCCAUCUCUUGGCUUCUUGACCAGUUCCCUAAGCUCUUUCCGUUAAACAGGGUUGCUGAUCUCGAUGUUUUGAAAGAGAAGUUCGAAACUCCUAGUCCACACAAUCCAACAGGAAAAUCCGAUCUUCCAGGAGUUGAUAUAUUUGUGUCAACGGCGGAUCCCGAAAAAGAACCGCCGCUUGUUACUGCAAAUACUAUUCUUUCUAUUCUAGCCGCGGAUUAUCCCGUGGAGAAACUUUCAUGUUAUGUCUCUGAUGACGGGGGUUCGCUUCUUACUUUUGAGGCCAUGGCAGAGGCAACAAGUUUUGCCAAUUUGUGGGUUCCUUUUUGUCGGAAGCACGACAUUGAACCAAGGAACCCGGAAUCUUAUUUUAGUCUCAAGAGAGAUCCGUAUAAGAACAAAAUACGUUCUGACUUUGUAAGAGACCGUAGGAGGGUGAAGCGUGAGUAUGAUGAAUUCAAGGUUCGGAUUAAUGGCCUUCCAGAUUCAAUCCGGAGGCGCUCUGAUGCUUUUAAUGCUGGAGAGGAUGUUAAAGCACUGAGGUUGUGGAAAGAGGCUGCGAAUGAUGAACCAAUAGAGAAUUUGAAAAUUACUAGAACUACACGGAUGACUGAUGGUACUGACUGGCCAGGGACAUGGACAACUCCUGCCCCGGAUCAUUCUCGGGGUGAUCAUUCCAGUAUCAUACAGAUAAUGUCGAAACCUCCAAGUAACGAACCACUGAUCGGCACAGCAUCAGAUUCAAAUACAAUGGAUUUGACCGAAGUUGAUAUCCGCCUUCCUAUGCUUGUCUAUGUUUCUCGUGAAAAACGACCGGGCUAUGAUCACAACAAGAAAGCUGGGGCCAUGAAUGCUCUUGUUCGAGCUUCAGCUGUUAUGUCCAAUGGCGCUUUCAUACUUAAUCUUGACUGUGACCAUUACAUAUAUAACUCGGAGGCGUUGAGGGAAGGCAUGUGCCAUAUGAUGGACCGCGACGGAGAAAGGAUCUGCUACGUUCAGUUUCCCCAAAGGUUCGAAGGAAUCGACCCUUCUGAUCGCUAUGCUAACCACAAUACUGUCUUCUUUGAUGUCAAUAUGCGAGCUCUCGAUGGACUUCAGGGUCCUUUUUACGUUGGUACAGGAUGCCUAUUUCGAAGAACUGCACUUUAUGGUUUUGAUCCGCCUCGGUUGCAAGAAGAGGCUGCUGAGGGUGCUGGUUGGUUUGGUAGUAAGAAAAAGAAAUCCGCAACAGUUGCCUCAGUCUCUGAAGUAGAUUCUCUAGAGGACCAGUCUUUAAGGAGUGGUGGUAGCAUUGAUGAUGAAGAAAUGAAUAUUGCUCUUAUUCCGAAGAAAUUCGGCAACUCGAGUCUUUUUGUUGAAUCAAUCAGGGUGGCAGAGUUUCAAGGGAGACCACUUGCCGAUCACCCAUCUGUGAAAAAUGGACGCCAACCCGGUGCUCUAAUACUUCCUCGGGAUCUUCUCAAUGCUGCAACUGUCUCCGAGGCAAUCGAUGUCAUCUCGUGCUGGUACGAAGAUAAAACCGAAUGGGGAGAUAGAGUUGGAUGGAUUUACGGUUCUGUAACUGAGGACGUUGUGACAGGUUAUAGAAUGCAUAAUAGAGGAUGGAGAUCUGUGUAUUGUGUGACCAAGAGGGAUGCUUUCCGGGGAUCUGCUCCAAUCAAUCUCACUGACCGGCUUCACCAAGUUCUUCGAUGGGCAACCGGAUCAGUUGAAAUAUUCUUUUCGCGCAACAACGGUCUCUUGGCUAAUUCAAAACUACAAUUUUUGCAAAGGGUCGCUUACCUCAACGUCGCAAUCUAUCCAUUCACUUCUUUCUUCCUUAUAGUUUACUGCUUCCUCCCAGCUCUAUCGCUUUUCACCGGCCAGUUCAUCGUCCAGUCCCUUCAAGUCGAAUUCUUAGUUUACCUUAUGGGAAUCAUGGUCACACUUAUAGUUCUCGCUGUUCUCGAAAUCAAAUGGUCCGGUAUCGAACUCGUUGACUGGUGGAGAAACGAGCAAUUCUGGAUGAUCGGAGGCACAAGUGCGCAUCUAGUCGCGGUUCUUCAAGGUCUACUCAAGGUAAUAGCUGGUAUUGAGAUCUCAUUCACUCUAACAUCAAAGUCAUCCGGCGACGACGAAGACGACUACGCGGAUCUCCAUGUCAUCAAAUGGUCAUCUUUGAUGAUACCGCCGCUCACAAUCAUAAUGGUUAAUAUAAUAGCAGUGGCGGUUGCGGUUAGUAAAACGAUAUACAGCGAAGAUCGAAAAUGGAGUAGUUUACUUGGAGGUAUAUUCUUCAGCUUUUGGCUCUAUUAUCAAUAUGUAUAUCACUUUUAUGGGUUGCUAUUAAUCCUCCUUCUGGUAACAAUCAAAUAUGAGGUUCAUUCCAAUUUCCUUAACUUGUAA